AUUGCAUAAACUUCACUGAGAAUAAUUUAAGUCCGAGAUGAUUGCCAUAAAAACAAGGUUUUUUUUGUCAGGGAAGCUGUUUUGAUUUGAAGGAUCUACCAUAGACCAUUUGUUAGAAUUUUACGUUCUUAAAUUUUGAAGAGAAAAGAAGAAAAGUCCAAAGUCACAGUAGUGGAAGUGGUUGUGAUAACAACCGAUACACCAGCAUCAGUUGUUUCAGCCAUGGCUUCUGCUCCUUCUAAGCUUUACGCAGACGAUGUUAGCCUUUUGAUGGUUCUCCUGGAUACUAAUCCUCUUUUCUGGAGCUCCUCUUCUCUUACUUUCUCUUCCUUUCUCUCUCAUGUACUUUCAUUUUUGAACUCAAUUCUACUUUUGAAUCAACUCAACCAAGUCGUCGUUAUUGCUACUGGAUACAAUUACUGCGAUUACGUAUUCGAUUCUUCUCUGGCCACAAACCAGGGCUCCGAAAAUGGAAGAAUGCCUGCACUUUGCGCAAACUUGUUGCUGAAACUUGAGGAAUUUGCUAUCAAAGACGAGAAUUUGCAUAAGGAUGGCUCCGAGAAAGGGCUUGCCUCUUCGCUGCUAUCUGGGUCAUUGUCCAUGGCCCUUUGUUAUAUACAAAAGGUAUUUCGAUCAGGAGCACUCCAUCCACAACCCCGGAUUUUAUGCUUGCAUGGAUCCGCAGAUGGACCUGAACAGUAUGUUGCAAUCAUGAAUUCAAUAUUUUCUGCACAACGUUCUAUGGUUCCUAUAGAUUCUUGCUAUAUAGGCUCUAAUAAUUCUGCCUUCCUGCAGCAGGCAUCUUACAUAACUGGUGGUGUAUAUUUGAAGCCCCAACAACCUGAUGGCCUAUUUCAAUAUCUGUCGACAGUUUUUGCAACUGAUUUGCACUCUCGGGCCUUUUUACAACUUCCUAAGUCUGUUGGUGUGGACUUUCGAGCUUCGUGUUUUUGCCAUAAAAAGACCAUAGACAUGGGCUACAUAUGCUCUGUUUGCCUGUCUAUAUUCUGUAAGCAUCACAAGAAAUGUUCAACCUGCGGAUCAGUAUUUGGUCAGGUCCAAUCUGACAAUGGGUCUGCAUCUAACCUGAAGAGAAAGACUACAUAAACAUGUUUUUUACUCUUCUUUGGAGCACAUCUGGGACUAUAUUUGCGGUGACAAAUUCUGAAGACUACUUGUAAUACCCCAUUGGGUCCUCAUUCCAAUCAGAGAAACUGUCACAAGUCACCACUGCUCAACUUUUGGGACAGGAGAAACUUGAGAUUCUUUUAGAAGCAGCUUGAUUGGAUUGAGUUCUCCAAACUUUAUGGUUCUUUAAAUUAACCAUUUAAGCUAAAUGCUUUGAAUUACAUGUCGAGAACAAAUAAAUAUAGUUAAGAUCUUUCGUUUCAUUGAUUAUGAUCUCCAAGAGAAAUCCAGUAGGAAUGAGCCCCAUGCUUUUUAGCUGAACACAUAAAUACUUAA